GUCCCCAAGCCCGUUAGGCCCGUUGCCAAACUGAUGCACGGGAGACGCGGGCGGGCACGCGCGGGGUCGCCGGCGGCCACUCGUGCUGCUCCGACCACCGGUGCCCCCGCCGCUCCUUCCAAAUCUGGGCGAGGUGAGCUGCGGCGUCCGCCGUCAGGCUUUGCGGGGAGGCGGGAGGAUGGACUGGAUUGGGCGCAAGAUCCACCUCUGCAAUGUCACCAUAGGCCUCGACAUUCUCGAUUGGUGGGAGCGCUACCUCUUCGGUCAUGUCUAGAGCCGGCACAUCCCACCUGAAGUCCUUUACUUUCGGUGAAGCAACCAAGAGCAAAAUGCCAUGAGAAACGAACAAGAGCACGUGGAAGUAAAACGUGAUGCCCACACGGCAUGCAGGGACCAUUCGGGAACAUAUCAGCCCACAAGCAACAUCGGUACUCAUGGCACAUCACCCCACCUUAUACGGUGUGCAUGUCUCGUGAACUAGGCGAGCAAGGUGACCCACAGCUGCACAACAAAACCUUGGGACCCACAAGAUGACACCUCCAGUUUUCAUACAAGACCGCACUCAACAGGUAAAACAAGGGGAGAAGAAAUGAUCAAAUUCAGUUUGAUUAAAAGGAGAGAGGGGAAGCCUCUUCAGUGCGUGCUGUGGUGUUCGCUUGUGCAUUAUGAAUUGAUUUUUGUUCCUAUACCUCGUGAGCGAGCGCGAGAAAGAGAGAGGAGGAGGGAGUUGAUACGCCUUGGGAGGUGCGUCACUUGGUAAUAGUUCUUGUAGGGUUAGGAGGUGGUUUUGGGCAAUGGAGAUGGCUCUCGUACCCCAGAGCCCUCUCUGUUCUCGGAACCGACCAGCGGUCAUGCUCCAAGCAACCACCUUGGGCGGAGACCCCAAUCAGUCUUUCUUGAGGACUAGCAGAUUUGCCAGAAGCAGGAUUAUUCGGUGCACAGUAGCAAGUUCAGAUUUUCCUAGUAGGAAAUCAAGGGAGAUGGUGUAUCUUAAGGUAAAAGUCUCUGCUUUUAGAGGUUAUGUUCCAAGACUCCCUGCUGAGUCGAGCACCAAGAAGAGUAUACACCGUAAUAGCGAUGAACGAACUAUUGGCACAUUCAAUAGGUUUUUAAGUACUGAUACAGAAGAGUCGACAAGUAGUAGAGAUUUAGACACUGCUGAAGUGGAUUUGCUGGAAGAUGCUUCAAGCAGUUUAUCUUCUGGGGAAGUGGAUGUGGCAGAAGAAGCUGCACUUGACAUGUUUGAGGUGGAAUUAUCAAGAAAUGCAUUGAUUAACAUAUCAUUAGGGGCAGAAGAAGAAGAAGUAGAUGAAGCUACAGUCGAAGAAGAUAAAUUCAACAUAGACUUCACAGGAGUACAAUUUGGCAGUGCUGCAGUUCAGGACUUGGAUCCAAAGGAUGAAACUAAUGCUAAAGAAGACAUAUUUGUGGCAGAUUCUUCAGGAGUUACAACAAACAGUGAUGCUAUGAGGGAAGUGGUGGAUGAAGCUAAGGUGGAAAAGGACAGGAUUGAUGUUGAUGUGUUGGGAUUUGGUCUGAACAAUGAAGCUGGGGAUAUACCAGAGAUAUUUGAUGUGGAUGUCCAACAAGCCUCGUUUGAGAUGGAUAUUUUAGGAACUGCUUCAGACAGUGCAAGCCUGGGCAAAGUGAAUGUGGUGGAUGAUGCUAAGGUUGAAAAAGACACAUUUCAGGUGGAUGAUUUAAGCAGUGCUUCUUAUAGCGCAACAUAUAUGGCAGUGGAGUCUUCAGAAGAAAUCUCUGAGGUAGAUAAUGACCAAUGGCAAUAUCCAGUACUACAGUCAGCAUCCAUAGAGGACAAGGCCAAUAAUGGAACACAUGAAAGUUUGGAGCCUGAGCCCAGGACAGUUGUCAAGGUCAAGGAACAGGACAAAUUAGAUUUCGGUGUCGAUGAGGGAUCAGCUUUUGAUACCCAUGAAGAACAGCAAGCGGUAGAUUAUGAUUGGCAAGAGCAAAAUGUUACCACUUUUGAUGAACAAGAACAAGACCAGUAUAUUAUUGGUUCUCGCAGACAAGUCAACUCAAUUAUUGGUUUGCCUAUGCAAAUCCAAUCUGUUGUUGUUUACAGUAAACCAAACCAAUCUAUUGUUGCUUCUCAUAGAAAAGAUGAAUCAAUUGCUGUUGUGCCUAAGAAAAUACAAUCUGUUGUUGCUUAUAAGAAACCAGAUCAAUCUAUUGUUGCUUCUCAUAAAGAAGAUCAAUCAAUUGUUAGUGUGCCUGAGCAAAUCAAAUCCAUUGUUGGUUACAGUAAAGCAGAACAAUCUAUUAUUGGUUUGCACAAACAACAACAAUCGAUUGUUCAUAUCUCUCAAGAAAAACAAUCCAUAGUUGGCUUUCAUAAGCAAGAUCUAUCAAUUUUCAGCACCUCCAAAGAGUCUCAAACAAAGAAACUUGAUAUUCCUGAGAGUCAUGAUGCACUUUCUAUAGAGGAAAUAGCAGCUAAGGAAGAUUUCCAUUCGUUACAAAAACAUAAGGAAGAUUUCAUUGAAGAAGCACCAGAGAUGAUAACUAGCAAGAAAAUCAAUGAGGAACACCUUGCAAUGGUUGAAGAGCAGAAAAGUAUAAGCAUGGGGGAAGAACAAUUGAUUGUUACUGAUGAAAGCAUUUCAGUGAUUGAGGUGGAGAUGGAAACGUACGAGGACAAAUCUCUGCAUCUUUCCGAAGAAGAGGCUCUAUGGGCUGAAGAUGAAGUAGGGAUAUCUGAGGAUGAAGAACACUAUGAAGUUGAGGAGAUGUUUGUGUCUCCUGAACAAGAUAUGCAAGAAUCACCACAUGAUAAAAUGGAUCCACAAGCACUACAAAGGAUGCUUCGAGAACUUGCUGAAAAAAAUUAUUUACUAGGAAACAAGUUUUUUGUUUUUCCAGAGGUACUGAAAGCUAAUUCAACUAUUGCUUUGUAUUUCAAUCGUGAUCUAUCAGCUAUAGCCAAUGAGCCUGACGUACUAAUAAAAGGAGCAUUCAAUGGGUGGAAGUGGAAGUUUUUCACUGAAAAAUUGCACAAGAGCGAACUGGGAGGGGACUGGUGGUCCUGCAAACUAUACAUUCCCAAGCAGGCAUACAGAUUUGAUUUUGUGUUCUUUAAUGGUAGCACUAUGUAUGAAAAUAACGGUAAGAAUGAUUUCGUGAUACAAAUAGAAAGCACCAUGGAUGAACAUUCGUUUGCGGAUUUCUUGGAUGAAGAAAAGCAAAGAGAACUUGAGAGAUUUGCCAUGGAAGAAGCUGAAAGGAAGAAACAAACUGAAGAGGAGAAGCGAAUAAAGGAAGAAAGGGUGGCACAUGAAGCUGCCAAGGCACAAGCGAAGGCUGAGAUAGUGACAAAGAAGAAUAAAUUGCAUAAUGUAUUGGAUUCAGCCAAAGGAUCUAUUGAUAAUUUGUGGUACAUAGAACCUAUCACUACUGUGCAAGAGGCUACUGUCAGAGUCUAUUACAAUAGGCACUCGAGACCCCUUAUUCAUAGUGCUGAGAUUUGGAUGCACGGGGGAUACAACAAUUGGAUUGAUGGACUCUCCUUUGCUGAAAGACUUGUUCAUCAUGAUGACAAAGAUGGUGAUUGGUGGUAUGCAGAUGUUGUCUUACCUCAAAGAGCAUACGCGUUGGACUGGGUGUUUGCUGAUGGGCCGCCAGGGAAUGCAAGGAUUUAUGAUAACAAUGGCAGACAGGAUUUUCAUUCUAUCCUGCCCAAUAACAUGACUGAGGAAGAAUAUUGGGCGGAAGAAGAACAGAGGAUCUAUACUAGGCUUCUACAAGAGAGGAGAGAAAGGGAGGAGGCUAUUAGAAUGAAGGCUGAGAGAAGGGCAAAAUUGAAAGCUGAGAUGAAAGAAAAGACUAUGAGAAUGUUUCUGGUUUCUCAAAAACACAUAGUUUAUACCGAACCACUUGAAAUACGUGCUGGAACCACAGUUGACGUUCUUUACAAUCCUUCUAAUACAGUGCUAAAUGGAAAGCCAGAGGUUUGGUUUCGAUGUUCUUUUAACCGUUGGAUGCAUCCAGGUGGUGUGUUGCCACCCCAGAAGAUGGUAAAAGCAGAACAUGGUUCGCACUUAAAAGCAACAGUUAACGUUCCUCAGGACGCCUAUAUAAUGGACUUCGUUUUCUCGGAGUCAGAAGAAGGUGGAAUUUUCGACAACAGGAAUGGCUUGGACUAUCAUAUUCCUGUUUUUGGUUCAACUGCAAAGGAACCUCCUAUGCAUAUUGUCCACAUUGCUGUUGAGAUGGCUCCCAUAGCAAAGGUUGGAGGUCUUGGUGAUGUUGUUACGAGUCUUUCACGUGCUGUUCAAGAUUUAGGACACAAUGUUGAGGUUAUUCUUCCGAAGCACGAUUGCUUGAAUCUAAGCAAUGUGAAGAAUUUGCAUAUUCAUCAAAGUUUUUCUUGGGGUGGUUCUGAAAUAAAAGUAUGGCGUGGACAUGUCGAAGACCUCUGUGUUUACUUCUUGGAACCUCAAAAUGGGAUGUUUGGAGUUGGAUGUGUAUAUGGAAGGAAUGAUGACCGUCGAUUUGGCUUCUUCUGUCAUUCUGCUCUAGAUUUUCUCCUCCAGAGUGGAUCUUCACCGAAUAUAAUACACUGCCAUGAUUGGUCAAGUGCUCCUACUGCCUGGCUAUACAAAGAAAACUAUGCACAGUCCAGUUUGGCAAAUGCACGGGUCAUAUUUACGAUCCAUAAUCUUGAAUUUGGAGCACAUCAUAUUGGCAAAGCAAUGAAAUAUUGUGAUAAGGCCACAACUGUCUCUAAUACAUAUUCAAGGGAAGUGUCAGGCCAUGGUGCCAUUGCUCCUCAUCUUGGAAAGUUCUACGGCAUUCUCAAUGGAAUUGAUCCAGAUAUCUGGGAUCCAUACAGUGACAGCUUUAUCCCGGUCCAUUACACUACCGAGAAUGUCGUCGAAGGCAAGGCUGCUGCAAAGAGGGCCUUGCAACAGAAACUUGGGUUACAGCAAAAUGAUGUGCCCAUUGUUGGAAUCAUCAGUCGCCUGACAGCCCAGAAGGGAAUUCACCUCAUCAAGCAUGCGAUGCGUCGAACACUUGAAAGGAAUGGACAGGUGGUUCUGCUUGGUUCUGCCCCAGACCCUCGGAUCCAAGGUGAUUUUGCCAACUUGGCAAAUACUCUCCAGGGUGAAAAUCAUGGUCGAGUGAAGAUGUGUUUGACCUACGAUGAGCCUCUUUCACAUCUGAUAUACGCUGGCUCUGACUUCAUUCUGGUUCCAUCCAUAUUUGAGCCUUGUGGCUUAACUCAGUUGGUCGCCAUGCGGUAUGGAGCCAUCCCUAUUGUCCGGAAAACUGGAGGGCUCUACGACACUGUCUUUGACGUGGACAAUGACAAGGAACGGGCCCGGGCUCGAGGCCUUGAGCCAAACGGGUUCAGCUUUGAUGGAGCUGACAACAAUGGUGUCGACUAUGCUCUGAAUAGGGCGAUCUCUGCUUGGUUCGACGCCCGGGACUGGUUCCACUCCCUCUGCAAGAGGGUCAUGGAGCAGGACUGGUCAUGGAACCGGCCUGCCCUGGACUACAUCGAGCUCUACCGAUCGGCGUCCAAACUGUGAGAACCAAACCUUAUGGCGAUCGUGUGAUCACAACAAAGAAGAUGGAGGCCCAGAGAAGCUAAGCAUGAGAAGGAAUCAAGGUGGAUGGAGGUCAAGGCAAUGGAGGAGUGCAGGUGGCAUGUGAGGGGCACGAGGUGGGUAUUGAAGAGAAUAAGUUGAGAGUUCCUAGAGAGGGGAUACAAGCAAAUAAAUGGAGCAAAAAUACAAAUAUCAUGAUCAUGGAGUCAAUGUGUGCAAAUUCUAUCGUCACAGAUAUAUAUAUGUGAUAUGUUUUGUGCAUUCGGACCAGAAGUUAUGUUUGCAUUUUGAAGUUGUGGACCGAAAUAAAUGAUGUUGAAAUAUGUGCAGUAGAAAAUUAAAUAUUUUGAAUCAUUGUGAUGUGAAUAUGGAGUUACCGUUAUUUUUCCUGAA